GCAUUUUGAUGUUUUUUAGUUCUUCUGCCAGUUGUUUUGAGUUUUUGCAGUGUUGGUCUGUGAGUCCUAGUAAUGGUUUAAUUAUUUCGGUGAGUGCUUUUGAUAAGUUGUAUGUGACUGAACCAAUGCUAUCUACUAUGGGGCGUAAUGGUGUUCCUGGUUUGUGUAUUUUUGGUGUGCCGUAAAUCCUGGGGAUGACAUUGGCUGUGGGUACUAAAUGAUUGUAUGCCUGCUUAUCUAUUUUAUUUUCAUCGAGUAGUGGUUUGAGUAGUGCUUUAAGUUUCUUUUUCUUGUCUUCUGUUGGGUCUUUUUUUAAUAUUUCAAAUGCGUUGUCACUGAGUAAUUCAAUCAUUUUUCGUUCAUAUUCAUCAGUGUCCAUAAUAACUGUUGUCCUGCCUUUAUCUGCUGGGAGGAUUGUGAUAUCUUUAUUUUUAGCUAAUGUUCUCAUGGCUUUGGCUUCCUGUUUGGUGAUGUUACUGGGUGGUGGUCUGGCCGUUUUCAAUAUACCAGCUAUUGCGUUUCUUAGUGCUGCUUUUUGUCCCUGAUCCUGUAUUUUCUCACAUGCUAAUUCAGUUGCCAGAAUGAAUUCAUCGUGAGGUAUAUUGUUCGGUGUGACCGCAUAGUUGAGUCCUUUUGCUAAUAUACUGCGUUCUGCUUGUGAGAGUUUGUACCUUGAUAUGUUAUGAAUCCAUUUGUCGUUGAUGUGUGCAUGCUCCGGUUCUGCCUUCUUUUUCUGUGCAAUGAGUUUGUCCAGUUUUCGUAUUUGUCGGGUUUUUGUCUUGGUGAAUUCCUGUUCGUGUAUGUCUGCCAAGUGUCCGUGUAAUGCUAAUUCCAUUUCCUUGUUCUGGGGAAACCAGCGUUUGAAAGUUUCCGUCUCCCUAUGUAGUUCGCUGUUGAUAUUAUUUAGUUUGUCCGUUGUGCACCGUAUCCGUUCUUUUACCAGAGUCAUCCGCACUUUCCUGAUCAUCUUUUCCGCGUUUCUGGUUGGAAUUGGGUUCUUGAUGUUCAGGCUGGCCGGUACGACUUCCUCAUCCCGGCAGCGCAGAUUGAAUCUCAGAAAAGAAUACAGCCUACAGCUGCUUGAAACCCUCUCAUCAGCCACCAACCAGCUGCUGCAUGAAGCUACUUGGAAGCAGAUGUUAUGGCACUUGUGCCAAGUCCAAGUUUGGAUAGGAAGGCUGUCAUGGACCUCCCCAGGAAUCCACAACAGCCAACAUCUACUGGCCAUACUGAGCACACCCACCCUUUGUCCUCACAACUAAGCAACUGCUGUUACUGCAUUCUCUUAUGUUCAAAUGCCUUCUCCAUAUUGUCCUCCCAGGGGACAGUCAUUUCUAUGAGAUGUACAUGUCUUACUGAUUUGGACCACAUGAUCACAUCUGGUCACUCAUUAGUUACAGCAAUAUGUGUUGGAAAGAUUAGGUUCUCACCCAAAUCGACAAUGACUUGCCAAUCCCAAGCACCCACAAGCAACCUUGACUGUUUAGUUGGUUUUCCAUAACCGGCUGGAUAUUCACCUUCUCAGCAGAACCUCAUUCUAAGAGAUGUUUUCCGCAUAGGAUUCUCAUUGAUGUAUUUCCAUUGCUUUUUCACUAUGUCCAUUAACACUACCAACACCUGGUUGUGGCACCAAGACUUAAAAGUUGUUUACACACCAACAGCACAUGACUACGUGUGCCUCGUUCCACACCACAACAAAGGCAUACAUCAGACUGAGAAUAACCCCACAGCUUGAGGUUAACUGGUGAUGGUAGGAGAUCAUACACUGAUUGCAGAAGGAAUGAUAUUGCAGGUUGGUUCAAGUAUUGCAGUUCAAGUGUGCCACCCUGUAAAACUGCUGAUGUUGCUCAUAACAACACACUACUACUGGCUCCACCUCUUGAGGAAUUAAAGCUGAAAAUUAAAAGAGUGCAAAGAGCUAAGCUCCUGAUACUGAUCUCCAGAAUAAGAAUUUCAGCACCACGAUGAGCCGAAAGCGCUGCAGAGAGGAUGUGGGAGACCCUGGUUACCUUGAACCCACCCAGGACACAACGGAAGCCAAGAGACAGCAAGGAGACGAUCAGGCAUCAGACAAUCAGCAGAAAGGCACCUCUUCUAAGCUUCCAACUGAAUAUAAGGUGUUUAAUGACCCGAUCCAUGGUCACAUUGAGCUCCACCCCCUGCUGGUGAAGAUCAUUGACACUCCUCAGUUCCAGAGACUACGAUACAUUAAACAGCUGGGAGGAGCAUACUUUGUGUUUCCUGGAGCUUCACACAACCGCUUUGAACACUCCAUAGGUGUUGCGCAUUUAGCAGGCUGUCUCCUUAAAUCUCUGAGGGACAACCAACCAGAGCUAGAGAUCACCGAAAGAGACAUCCUGUGUGUUCAAAUCGCUGGCUUGUGCCAUGACUUGGGUCACGGCCCAUUUUCUCAUCUGUUUGACAGCUUGUUUAUAGCAAAGGUCCGUCCUGACCUGAAAUGGAAGCAUGAGACUGCGUCAGUGCAGAUGUUUGACCACCUGGUGGAGAGGAAUGAACUGAAAGAUAAAUUCACUCCUGAUGACCUCAACUUUAUCAAAGCACUAAUUGACUCCACUGACUCACAAGAUACAAAGCACAAACACAAACGUAGAGAGGAUUUCUUGUAUGAGAUUGUGGCAAAUAAGAGAACCGGUAUUGAUGUGGAUAAAUGGGAUUAUUUCGCCAGAGACUCGUAUCACCUGGGCAUCCCGAAUAGCUCAGACCACAACCGUUUCAUCAAAUUUGCCCGAGUGUGUGAGGUCGAGGGGAAGAAGUUCAUCUGUGCCAGAGACAAGGAAGUCCAUGAUUUAUAUGAGAUGUUUCACACAAGACACUGUCUACACCGCAGAGCCUAUCAGCACACUGUGACCAAAAUAAUCGAGGAAAUGAUAACAGAAGCCUUGGUGAAGGCCAAUCCUCACAUUAAGAUUGAGGGAUCCUCCGGAAGGACUUGUAAAAUAUCAGAGACCAUAGAUGACAUGGAGGCCUACACCAAGCUCACAGACCACAUUUUUGAGCAGAUUCUGUACUCCUCUGAUCCAAACCUGGCUGAAGCGCAGUCCAUCCUGGAGAAGAUCAUCCACAGACGCUUGUAUAAGUCUGUGGGACAAACAAGACCUCAAAAAAAUCUUACAGGGUCAAAGGAAGAGUUGGAUCAGAUACGCCGAGAAUUGGCUAAGUCCAGACCUGAUGGCACUGAUGUUGAACUGACAUGUGAAGAUUUCAUUGUCAAUGUAUUUGCUAUAGAUUAUGGCAUGAAGGACAAAAACCCCAUGGACAACGUCUAUUUCUACAGAAAGACUGACCCCACCAAAGCCAUUGAAAUCCCCAAAGAAGAGGUGUCCAUCCUGCUGCCUGAAACCUUUUCUGAGAAACGCAUCAGAGUUUAUUGUAAGCAACCAGAUAAACUGGAAGCUGCAAAGAAAUACUUUGAGCAGUGGUGUAAGAAGAAGAACUUGACACCAGGGUUCUGGAGCCACAAAUAACUGAUGUAACUCAUGACUGAUUCUAAAGCCAAGGGGAGUGGAGGAGCUGGAGAAACCAGACAUCUGGGAAAAACAGCACUGAAGCCCCCUGCUGGUGUAACCGCUGUCUGCAUUCUGUUGUGUUUCUGUGACAAAGACCGACACUUUCUCAGUGUUUGAAUGCACUUUUAUUGCCUGUAAGACAGCAAGGAAACCCACUGGUUGGUCACGUUCAUAUACAGCAGUCUCUCGGCACAGCUUCAUGGGAAGAAGUUAGCAAAUAUUAGCUUAGCCUUUGAGCUAAGGUAGCUAACUAUCGUAUCAAUAUGUAACAACAAUACACAACCAAUUUGACUCAUUCUGCUAAGUGCAAUGUGUUCGCCACCUUCUUAAGUAUAAUAUAAUUUUAGCUGUGUUAUUGCAUUACGUUAUUUUCACAGUUUCAGUGCAGUCCUGUGCUUUGAGUAACCUACCAUGGGCUCAAUCCUCACGUACUGGUACUGAGGUAACGUCACAGCCAGUAUUUAUAUGCUGAGGGGAGCCAUGGCAACCAGUGAGUGUCCAUGAUACAUAUUGUAUGUAACAGCAAAUCUGAUUGCUUGUCACCGUGUCAAGUGGAAUCAACAGCUAAAAUCUGUUACACUCCCCCCUGCUGAAUUCCACUUGCACACAAAAAACAAAAAUAGGCGAAGAAAGAAAAGAGAAAAAAAGAGAGAGAAAAAACAAACAAACAAACAAACAAACAAACAUCUAACCAGGUGAGUGACACAUCAGGCACUGAACAUAAGUGCAACCCCGAACAAUAAAACAACAACAAAGAAAACAAAAACAUCACAUAUAAGAAUAUAUACAGUAGGGGAGAGCGGGGUAAGAUGAGCCAGGGGGUAAGAUGAGCCACCCCCUGUUUCUAAGAAACAGUAAACAAAUGUGACCAUGUGACCACAUUCAAAGGGGGGCGGGACCAUUUACUUACACUUGUGGAGAGGAGCACCACAUGUCAAACUAGGUGAGGGAGAUAUUCAUAAAAAUGUGUUUUUGUGCUUUCUAAGUCAAUUCCAUGUUUGUCCACAGUGAAGGUGAUUUAGAGAAGACAAAAGUAGAAUAAUAUUUAGACACAUUAGGGUUAAGUUAGUGGCUUUCUAAGCUAUGAUAUGAAUGCUAAUAAAAAUAAUUUUGAUUAGCCUAAUCCCCUUUAUUAGCAUUUUUCUACAAAAUGGUGGCCACGGGGUAAGAUGAGCCAUUAGAUGUGGGGCAAGUUGAGCCACUGGCUCAACUUACCCCAUUGGUGGCUGAGCUUACCCAAUAUGGAUGACACUUAAGUUUUCACAUUUGCUGGUCAUAUAUGACAACAACAACAAAUAAACAAACAAAUAAAUAACGUUAAUAUAAAUAAUAUGUUUAAAACGUUUUUAAUAAAUAAAAUAAUGCCCUCUGUUAUUACAGGUGUGCAUGAUGCCACACUCAUACAAAAGAAAAACAGACAGGGCCGCACAGUCCCGUGCAGUUUUGGAGAGAGCCGCAGAGGAAGUCAGGAAAGGCAGGCCUAUUCGGGCUGUGGCGAGGGAUAUGCAUUUGGACAGGAUGACUCUGACUAGGUUCAUUGAAAAGAUAAAGAAUGGAGAGGUAGAGACAGGUUAUACCAAGUUGGUGAAAGUGCAUUUCUUCAUUGGCCAGAUAAUCAAAUUGGAUGUCUUCGAAAUAGAGGCAAGAUUUCUCAAAAGAAGCCGGUCAUGCCAUGGCUCUGCAAGAAAGCCAACCUUUGUCUUCAAAGAGAAAGAUGAGGCUGUCCUGUCAAGACAGGAUAUUGUGAAAAAAUUUCCCCGCCCCUUUACUGUUGGGGGGACAGCACGGAGGGAGAGGCAAAUGGUGUUCCCUUGCAAUUUGAACGCUUGGAACAUUGAAUAAUGAUGAAAUGAUUGAUGGAAUGAUUGCUGCAUGUUUUAGCAAUGUUUUAACCUACUGAAAGAAAUAAGAUUUUUUGGCACUGCUCUACUGUUUUAGUAAUUUCUAUAAUAUAGUAUAUCUCUCAUUCCCUCUCUAACCAUCCCUCUUUCUAUCUAUCUAUGCAUAUCUCUCUCUCUAUCCAUCUAUCUAUCCCUCCCUAUCCCAUCUCGUUCUAUCACCUCUCUCUUCAUCUCCCCUUCUCUAUGCAACGGCCCUAUCCCCCACUUGAUUGACUUGACUUGAUUCAUUGAUUGCAUUUCUAA